AUGGCGGGCACACGACCCCCCUCCCUCCGCGCCGUGAUUUUGCGGUCCGGGCAAGGCGUCGAGGAGGUCAUUGGCGGGGAGCGUCAGGGCUUGGGAGCGCUGGAGGAGCUCAUGCAUGUGUCUGAAGGCGAAAUAGAGAUCCAUGUCUUCAAGGCGCCGCAAUUACAGGACCUGCCGGAGUACCUGGCAGCCAAGAAGCCAAACAUGCUGUACAUAAGCGGCCACCCACAGCCUGCCGCGGUCGAGCUCUUCCUCCGUGCACUCACCGGGCUCAACCUGUUUGCCGUCUACAUCGACGCGGCGGGCUGCGAGGACCUAGGUGAGGGGCUGUGGGGGGGGGGACCGGGAGUGCACUGGGCCUUGGGGCAUCCAGAUCCGGCAGGGGCGCGGUCACUGGAUGCCGCUCUGUGGACUGUGUGCCCAGAGGGUGCUGGGCCUCAGCCCCCCACACCCUGCGCUUCCCUCCCGCACACCAGCUCCCCCCCCUCCCCCCCCUCCCUUCCACGGCUCAGCUGCAAGUUUUCACACCCCCUGGAGCUCCUGCCAGAGCUACGCUACAACUCCCUGAACCUCCCCCUCCGCCCCGGCGAGCCGACCUGUGCCUACUACUCCAAGCACUGGAGGUGCUCCUUUGGAAACACGUGCAAGUUCCACCAUCCCGAGCCGCCCCAGGGCCUGGGCGGCCACGCCCCUGCCUCGACCACCUCCGCGGACGGAAUGCGUGUGGAGCCUCGGGACGCGCAGGUUCGGCACAUGCCUCCCUCGCCCUUCGACCGCGCCGCCUCGGGCCUGCUGGGCCCGCUGCGACGGGCGCCCCUCAGCGUGCACGUCGCGUCGGUCGCCGUGGCGGCACCGCGCACGCCGGAGCCCCAGACCCCCGACUCCCGCUCCCCGGGGGCGGACGCCGGGGUCCCUCAGGACGUGCCCCCCGGACCCGGCGCCAGCCUGCCCCUCAUGGUCUUCUGCGGGAGCGCCAGUGGCGUCGGGCCCAGGAGCCAGGCCUCCAUGGCGGGGGUGGGCUCCAGCUUCUUCGCCUCCGGUCUGCAGGGACUGGGCGAGGCGGAGGAGCCGGAGGACGUGGAAGGGCCUGAGGACGUGGAAGGGCCGCUGGAGGAUGCAGAAGGGCCGGAGGACGUGGAAGGGCCAGGGAAUGCGGGUGACCGUGGCAGGAACCCAGACCAGGAUUGA